GUGGAGGAUCAGUACGAACCACAAAAGCUCACAAACACAACCACCUGAAAAGGCAGAAAAAACAUAUUUCGCAUGUUUUUCAGAACAAUUGUAAUUUAUUUAGAUAAUUACGGUUCGUUUAAAGUGCAAGGGUAACUAUUGGAAUUGUUAUCACUGCAAUAUACAGUAUCUUGCCACUGCGCCGCCAUGGAGAUCUGGAAGCUGCUGGUUUUAAUAGUUGCCCUUUUUGCGCUAGUGUAUUGCGCUCAUGGAUCAUCUCCGAAUUAUAACGAGGAAUACUGGCCGACAGAGGACUGGAAGGACGCGCCUUCGGAAAACACAUUGGGCAACCAAGUGACCAACCUCGUUAAGAGAUACAAAUCGCAACAGUUCUACGGGCUCAUGGGCAGACGCUCAGGGGUUCCACUGCCUGGAAGACUAGGUCGAAAGAGAAAUAAAGGAGAGGCAUUUGUUGGGCUCAUGGGAAGGAGGUCUUCAAGUGGAGAGCUGGAAGAUGAAUGGGACAAACCACAGUUUUACUGAAGACAUACUGUACAUUGCUGAUGCACAUAUAUUUAAUAGAAUAUUUAACAAUGCCUCCUGUUUCCCCUUUUCUGACUUCAUCUGUCAUGAACAAAAAGUCUCCAAAAUACUAUUGCAUACCUGUGAUUGUGUAUAUGACCAGGGAUCAGUUGUUAUUGAGGGAAGGACAACAGGAGGUAGCUCUGAAUUUCAACUCCUUUCAAUUCCUUCAUUUUGAACUUACAUUAUUCUCCAGAGAAUACAUACACUAAAAAUUGUAAAAAUCUAAGGAGCAAUGUUUCUAAUUCUCACCUCGCAUCUUGCUAUUGCCACUGUGAAAGUGUCUAAAUUUAUUUAAGAAAGCUUGGGUAAAGAAAAAGAAAAUGAUUAUUUUUUUCAUCUUAACAAUGUCUACUCCAUGAGACGUUUCCAGUUUUGAUUCCUACAGGGCUUUGUUUCAGCUCUGUUAGGGCAUUCAUUUACCCUCCACCAAAAUAUGUUAUUUAGCUAAAUCAUAUUCAUAUAGAAAUCAUUUCCUUCACUAUUGCCUGUAAGCAAAUAUUCAUAACAUUCAUUGGCUUUCUUGGUCGCUACAGACCGAGCAGUGUUAAGGUCCUACCGCUUCUCUUCCCUCCCCGCUUCGCUCACCCUUAUCACCGGUGGCCUAACAGCACACCACUAAUCAAAUUACGGAGCCUGCACACAAUUUUAGAAAUCACAUGCAUCCUUUUCAUUCCAUCCUUGUACCUAUACAGCUUCAGUCUAAGGUUUUAUUAUGUUGUACAGUAGGUUUAGGUUAAAAUGUUUCAAAGGCCUUUUUUUUCCCUAAUAGUAGUUUUGCUGCACUUGAUUAUCUAAUGAGAAAAUACAACAUACCAAUUUUGCAUGUAGAAAUGUUCAAUGUUAAGAGAAAAUAUCCAUAAACUAUGUUUAUAAUGUGUAUAAUCUUAACUGUCUUUUUGUAUAAGUGAAAUGAAGGAUACACUAUCCUGUAAAAAGUCACAGGACGCAGGUAAUCACAAAUAAAAAAUGCAUUUAUUCCAAGAAAAUGAAUGUCAUGUUGUGUAGCAGAAGACUGUCUACUAAUUUGUAAUAGAAGGCUGGUGGUGUUGUGUUUAACUUCUGCAUUAAAGUAUUAGCAAGCUCCACAACUGAAGAUGGCCAUCUUGGCCUUGCUCUAAUUCAAUGUUCCAGUUCAUACCCAAGGAUGUUGUGAUCAGGUCGGUGCUCUGUGCUGGCUAUUGCCAUGUUCCAAUGUUAUUUUUAUUUCAGAGACUUUUUAAAAUAUAUAAGAUGAAAAACCCAACCCAAAAUUACUACCAUUUCUGGCAUUAACCCUGAAGAUGUUGGUCGCCACACAUCUGAUGCCUUUGCAUAUCUAUCAUUGUUAGUCUGCUGCCCCUACAUUCCAAUCUCAGUGGCUAAGAUUAAACCGUAAUGAAUCUCAAGCAA